AUGGGACUAAGUUUCUCGCUUUUUCAGUCAAUGAUUGGGCAUUGUCUUGGUGCUGCUGCUGGUUUGGAAGCUAUAUCAACUAUCAAACCAAUAACUUCAGGCUGGUUGCAUCCAACCAUUAACCAAGAUUCUGCAUGUACCAUUAUGUCUAUGAUUACUACUUUGCCUGUUGUUCAACUUUUCUUCUUUCAUAUUCUUCUCAUUAAAAAGGGACUCAUUACAUAUGAUUACGUUGUAGCUAUGAGGGAGCUGGAGCAAGAGCAAGAACAACUAGGAGUUGGAGGCCAUCAAAGUCCCCAAAUGUCAACUGUUAGCUCAUUUACUGGGUUGAUCAAUGUAAGCUCCUUCAACGCUUUACACCGUGGUGCAUGGUGCACACCUCCACGCAUGUUCCUUGAGGAUCAGCACUUGGAGGUGAUGUUUCUUUGA